AUGUACAGCUUCAUGGGAGGUGGAUUAUUUUGUGCUGGAGUCAGUAAUAUUCUCCUGGUAGUCUCUACAGCCACUGAUUACUGGAUGCAGUACCAUCAGACCAGUAACUACAUCCACCAGGGCCUGUGGCGCUAUUGUGUUCCUGGCAAGUGCAUGGUACACACUGACAGCAUUGCCUACUGGGAUGCCACCCGUGCUUUUAUGAUCCUGGCCAUCCUGGCAUGCUUCUUUGGUCUGCUCAUAGGCAUCAUGGCUUUCAUCAACUACACCACUUUUAAUGUCUUUGACAAAACAUUUGCUUCUGGAAUUCUUUAUUUUAUUUCAUGCUUCUUCGUGCUGCUGGCCAUGGUUGUUUACACCGGGGUGACUGUGAAUUACUAUGGAAAACGAUACGGAAACUGGAGAUUCUCCUGGUCGUAUAUAAUGGGCUGGGUUUCCGUAGUGCUCACAUUCUUUUCAGGUAUAUUUUUCAUGUGUGCUUAUCGAAUGCAUCCACCAACUGGCUCCGUGUCCCGCUGA